ACAGCAAAAAAGUAUUUUAACAUUGUAUAUAUUGGCACGACACAAUUCGGAGGCAUUUUGCGCUUGACAAUAACUAAUGUCGCAUGAAACAAAUGUAAAAUGAUCGGCGUGCUAUUCGACAUAUUAUGGAUCCCCAUCGGGGGCUUCCUUUCAUUUCUGAUAUUUAUUUCCGCCAUAAACAAAUCAAUCGGCGUCCGAAAAGCGUACGUGAACCUCCUCCUAAGGAUAUUCGAGUACGGUCGAGUUAGUAUAGAGACAGCUUCCAAAGAAUAUCAACACAUUCAAAACCCCAAGACUGAUGACAAACAGGGAGUGCAACUAGUGGACGACGCUGAUUCCAAAGAAGGUACCAAUGGAGCCACAUUGAUUACGAGGGACGCGGUACUCCUGCCCCAGCCACAGGAGCCCGCUCCAGAGAAGCCAGUUUCCUCCACGAAGGAUGAAAUCAAUUUCGAUUUUGAGAAAUGUCUGGACUACGUAAAGUCUGGCGUGGAGGCCAUCAUCGAGGACGAUGUUACGUCGCGCUUCGAGGCGGAGGAGCUCAAGAGCUGGAACAUGCUGACACGCACCAAUAGGCACUACGAGUUCAUCUCCUGGAAAAUCACCUCAAUCUGGGUGUUCGGCUUCUUCAUCCGCUACGUCAUCCUGAUGCCCCUCCGGGUAUUGGUCUGCUUCAUUGGUGUUUUAUUUGCAGUUUUAUCAAACUCUAUUGUGGCUUGUUUACCUUUUCGAUUUGUACGGCUUUCUCUAGCGAGCUUGUCAUUCAAAAUAACGUUCCGCCUUAUUUCAAGUUCUAUGUCCUCCUUUAUCAAGUUCCACAAUAAGCAAUAUAAGCCCACAGUCUCUGGGUUCUGUGUAGCCAACCACACCUCUCCCUUGGAUGUGGCUAUAUUAUCGACCGAUUGUACCUACUCUUUGAUUGGCCAACGCCAUGGCGGCUUCUUGGGGGUGCUGCAACGAGCUCUGGCCCGCGCAUCUCCUCACAUUUGGUUUGAGCGCGGCGAGGCCAAGGAUCGCCAUUUGGUGGCCGAGCGACUGAAGCAGCACGUGUCUGAUCCGAACAACCCACCGAUCCUCAUCUUCCCGGAGGGAACUUGCAUCAACAACACGUCGGUCAUGCAGUUCAAGAAGGGCAGCUUCGAAGUUGGCGGCGUCAUCUACCCGGUGGCCAUAAAGUACGAUCCGAGGUUCGGCGACGCCUUCUGGAACAGCGCGAAGUACUCGAUGAUGCAGUAUCUGUACAUGAUGAUGACCUCGUGGGCCAUCGUGUGCGAUGUGUGGUACCUGCCGCCGAUGUACAGGCAGGAGGGAGAGUCGGCGAUCGACUUCGCGAACCGAGUGAAGAGCGUCAUCGCGAAGCAGGGAGGCUUGGUUGAUCUGGUCUGGGACGGGCAGCUGAAGCGCAUGAAGCCAAAGAAGGAGUGGAGGGAGAUCCAGCAAGUAGAGUUUGCCAAUCGGCUGAAGUCGGACUCCACCUAAAUUACCAUAUUUCUACAGUGACUGUAACUGAUAUACAUGAUUUUGCAUAAUUUGUAUUGCAGCGACUGUAAUUUGUAUAAAUUACGAUUAACAAUUGGAUGGUUAAAUAAAAGAUGAAGUCAAAUGUACAAUUAUAAUAAUUAUUUGUAUAUUAAUUAAUUUAUCUACUUUGUAAAAUAAACUAUAUCUGAUAAGCUGAUUAUCACAACAUCUGGA